AUGGCGGCAAGCCUCACCGCGGCAGCUCAUAGACUACGGCAAAAAGCAGCCUCAGCCCUUUACCGGCGCGGGUUGGCUCGGUAUCGCCUCGGAGAUCACAGGCGAUCUCGCCCGGACCUCGAAGCUGCACUGAGAUCGAUCAGCAACUGGCGCAUGAACCAGGAUGGAGCUUCUGAAGAUGCCCCAGGCAUGCAUGAUUUGGAGCGUCGGAUUCGGCAUUACUUGAUCGACAUUCGCCGCACCCUCGAGCUCGAGAAAGCGAACUGCCAGAAAAUCUUUCUUAGGAAAGACAGCGAGAAACGACUUUACGAUGAUCGGCCUGAUCGGCAAGAGGAGCAGGAGACAGUGGAGGUAGACGACUCUGACGAAGCCAUUGAGGCCAAGCUACGUGCCCUCCGCGGUGGUGGGGGCUGGUGCUGCUGCGGGUACCGCACCUUGGGCCAUUGGGUCAAAGACUUCCCACGAAGAACUGAGUUCAAAAGCGGUCCAGCAAGCAUCACGCAGCGCACCCACCAACAACAACGUUUAACCGCCUCAUGGAAGAUGCCGUCGAGCGGCGAGCAGCCAGAGCUUAUCUUGAAGGGAGGUCAGCAGACCGUGUCGCAGACCUUCUAUAGCGGCGAGGUGCUCUUUCUGGGCAAAGGUUUUGCCUGGAUCAAGCUGCUUGAUGCACCUGGUGACGAGGUGCCGGAAUCCGUACUCGAGCAGCUCCGAGAGAUGACAGCAGCUGUCAAGAAGAAGUCGCGGACGCAGCUGCGGCACAGGAAGGCGAAAAUCGACGAAACUGUCGAGUAUGUGGUCUACGUCAGCGCGUUAGACCUGUCAGAUACACGGCCACUUCGUUUGGGGGCACAGGUCAAGAUGAGGCUCUACUCAGACACGCGCGGCGUCGGCGGUGAGGAUGUGGAGGUCACGGCUGAACCGGAGCUCCCAUCUCAGGUGGAAGAGCCGGAGGCUCCUCCAGAAGAGGAUGCUGAGGCUCAGGACCACAAACCGCGGUACAUGCGGAGCUUCGAGACCAAGGUCGCUGAGGAAGAGCGCCAGGUCCUGGACGGCAGCUACGAAGGAGAGGUCGUGCGUCGCGCAAAGACAUAUGCCUGGAUUCGGCCCGUUUCUUCUGAGAAGCUUCCCGAGCACGUCCGCCUCAAACUCAAGGAGAUGUGUGACGGGUUCCGGAGAAAGGCAGAGGACGGCGGCCGUGGAAAGCCCUUUUGUGGAGGGAUUGAAGAUGACGUUGUGUAUGUUGCCAAUCCCGAUCUUUCAACGAAGGGCAGUAUCCUCAGUGUCGGCAUGAAGGUUGGCUUCAAGCUGUACAUGGACAAGAAGGGUGUGGGGGGGUACGAUGUGACUGCCAGCGAGGAGCACAUCGAAAAGAUGUUGGAGGCGAUACGCAAGAAUUUCGAGACCCAGGAGGGCCGGAAGAAGUCGCUGCAGCUGCGCGAUGCUUUUGGCGAGGGCCCGGACAGUUUCAAGGACGUUCUUUGGGUGGGGGAAUGCACACAUUCCUUCUCCUUGGCUGCAGGCCGGCUGGCUGGUGUCAUACCAUUUGCGGAUGAGGCGAGCCAUCCCUUCAGCUUGAACAAGGCAUGCUGGUGCUCAACGGAACUGAGAUGGCCAAGAACGCUCGAGAAAAAACUCGAGCUGGACCUAGUGGAGAACAUCAAGCUGCUGCGAUCGAAGGAAGUUUGGUGCGCAGAUGAUAUCAAUGGAGUGAAACUGAAACAGACUUUGGAGAAGGCGAAGUGUCCGCACAGCAGCUUCGACACCAUCUUCUGGAUGAUGCCCUAUGUUCCGGAUAGACAAUGGCGUCCGCCUGCUAGUAUUUCUCAGAUGAUGUACUACUACAUCCAGGCCUUCCUGGAGAGUGCUGCCCAUGUGUGCAAGGAGGACGGCCAGCUGGUUGUUGUUGUGACGUCAGCUCAGUGCUUGAGCUGGAACCUGUACAACUGCAAGCCAAAAUGGCAGGAACGAGAGCUGCAACCGGAGGUGUGGUGGUUUGACGUGGCCCCGUUUGAAAAGCACGGCUACCAAUCCCGGUUUGGCGAUGGCCGCGAUCGGUACGUAGACCAUCCCGUUUUUCACAGGCUCUGCGACACAGUGGCUGUGUGCUGGAGGAUGAAUUCGUCUGCAUCCGCGCCUGGCGAGGAUGAAGCAGAAGUCCGUGGCGUUACAGAAGAUGACAUCAUGGAACGCAAGAAGCUCCUGGAAGAUGUUGGCAAAGAUCCCAGCGAGGAGAACACUGCUGCGGCUGAGGUUGAGGGGAAGUAA